GAGCAUCACCAGAGGUCCUCUGCGUCCAUGGCGGGCAAGACUCCACGAAUGUCACGCCAUGGAGCCACCAGUGCGAGUGCCAGUGCAGCUUCAGUGGUCAACACGGUCGUCAGUGCUCCUUCCGGUCGCCGUGUGCAACGGGAAAAUCUGGGCCCUGCUACAGCUACAGGCGAGCGGAUGACCCUCAGCUCAGCGUCCGAGCUGCAGGUGGCCUUUGAGCUUCUGGAUGAGCAAAAACGCGGUGCUUUGGAUCAUCAGCAAGCCAAGAGGUGGCUGCGGUGUGCGGGCUGGUGUUUACCAGAUCAAGAGCUCAGCGCAAUGCUUCAGGAGCAUGCGAAGCAACGCUCCAAGCGCGGAGCUGCGCCUGAAGAGAAGUGGGUCUUCAAGCAGCUCUUGGAUCUUUUGGAGAAGAACCGAUCAAGAGAGAACACGACAUUGAAACGCCUGCAGACUGCUUUGCGCAUUUUGGCCAAGAAUCGCUCCAAGAUUGCCAAGGAAAAAUUGCUUGAGAUCUCGGACGCUGAACUGGUGCUCCAGGAGCUGAAGCUGGAAUCAAAGACAAGGUUGGACUGUGAUGCCCUGGCAGAGAAGGUCCUGGCGCGGGUGUACGAUCCAUCCUGCCCCAGUUGGGCCGGACCCAGCGUUCUCAUCUGUGUUCAACGAGAGCAAGCGCCUGAUGUGCACAUCAAAUAUGCCUCUCAUGCGCACCUGGACCUACUUUUUGACACCUACUGUCGCCGCAUCCAGGUUGAUAGCUCCCGUGUCAGCUUCAAGCUUCGAAAUCGAAUGCUGCAAGAGGAUGACACUUACGAAAGCUUACGAAUGGGCUCUCAGGACACAAUUACUGCCAUUGUCGACCCCAAUGUUCGGGCCACCAAAUCGGCGGAAUCUUGUUUGCAAGUGACCUUUUGAACAGGGUGUAGCGUGUGACAUGUACCUAGAUGAGGGAUGCAGCGAACCGAAAGCGCAUUGACACAGCUAAUAUUUGAUGUACACACAACCACCACGUGGAAACGAUGAAUAGAAGUGGAUGUGUUUUUUUUUUGCAUUCCCAAAUCUAUAGACUCCACCGAGUCCAUAGACAUCCAUAGAGACUCGGCUGCAUUCUGCAGGUUCGCUUUGAGGCCGACUCAG